AUGAGUUCCACGAAAGACGACAUGCGAGGGCGUCAAUGCGUCUGGUGCUGGGACACAAAGACCGAGCAAAAGCCGCAUCUUGUCGACGAACACUUCUUGUGCCUUGAUUGCGUUCGAAUGCACAUCGUCCCCAGCCUCGAGAAUGCCCUGCAGCACGAGCACCACUACCCACCAAAGGCCGGUGCCAUGAUUUUUGAUCCGGCAGCCUUCGAAGACUUGUUAGGCCCAGAAUUCCUGGAGCGAUAUCGCGAGAAAGAGGUCGAAUACAAACUUCCAAUCACCGAGAGGAUCUAUUGUGCGCAUAACAUACUGCGGACUCUAGGGGACGAGACUCCCCUGAACAUGCUCGACGUUGUCGACCCGGGCGAGAAGCGUCCAGAGAGAUGCAAUGCAUUCGUCGGCCAAAAAGUCGCGGAUGCAGAUACAGAGCCUGACCCAUGCGAAGGUCUAACCCGAGGCGUCGACUACCAGCAAUGCCCCAAUUGCAAGAAAGUGGUGCAAUUGAUGGAAGCUUGCAAUGAGAUUACCUGCUUCCCCGGAUGCCUCGGUCACUUUUGCUUCAUUUGCGGAAGUGACACCGGCAAAGGACCCUCGGACCACUGGGUUCGAGGAGGCUGUCCUCGCUACAACAGUGCCGGAGCAGCCAACGCCAGAUAUGACCUAUCAGACGAAGAGGCUGCCGAGCUACGCGCAGAGCUGACGACUGAAGCUCGCGCCAAUGGAGUUACAUGGGCAGACACACCGGGCGAGGAUCCCGUGGAUGGUCAAUACUUCUUGGGGCUGAUCCGAGAUGGCCGUUUCAUUGACCGCACCAUCAACGAACUAGCACCUCUUUUACACGCUCCAGCAGAGCAGCAUGCGGACGACGUCUCUCGAAAGCGCAUCAUCGCCAUCGCCGGGCAGAUGUUCCUCAUUACGCAAACCUUGAUGGUUAUCCGGAGGUUGGAGCUCAGUCAAUUGGAGAAGGGACUGCGCUUUGCCCGUGGCGCUAUGCAGAACCUGCAAUCCGAAGCCGAGAACGUACCUGGAGUGGAUUGGCCGCUGUACUUCCCUCUCCUAGAGAUCGCCCGUGUACGCCUCCUCGAGAUGCAGGAACUCCAACAGCGGGGGCGAAAGGCUCUGAUCGAAGCCCGGCGAGGCACGAUAGGAAUGGACGAGGGAAGUUUCCUUCAACCCAUCGGAGGCGACGACACGACGCUGCGAACCGAGAAUGCCCAGGCCGCGGAGGCAGCAAAAGCUCGUCGCCAAGGACUCCGCGACUUCGCUGAACGAACACUGGCCGAAUUCGAGCAGGCACGCGAACAGGACAACGAAGUAGGAGCCGAUGCCUUGCGAGCAUUGAGAAGCGUGCUCACCACGACGCUGCAACAACUCGAAAUGCUCGAACGCCUGGCGGCCGCUCCUGCCAUCCUCAUUCCGUGCUAUGUGAACUUCUUGACGAAGAGCAUGGACCGAACCGAUGGCGAAUUGAACUUUAUCCCGCCCAACUUCCAUCAGCUCUAUAAUUUACCCGGCUCGAUUUCCAGAAUCAUUGAGAAGCACCAUGAGGACGUUAGGCGAGCAGUGAAUCUUGUCAGCGCUGGUCUGGGCCGUCUACGCUCAGCAAAUCAAGGACGCUCAUUCGGCAAAUGCCAUCAGCAGUGA